AUGGACUCGCCCCAGGUGACGCAGCUCUUCCGCCAGCUCUUCUCGCAUCGCGCGUCGCAAUGUCUUGUGCGUGGAGCUCGCCCGGUGCUCGCGCAAGCUGCCCGCACGCCGCAAAUCCAGCACCGUGGGAGAGCCACCAAAGCUGCGCCGAGGACCACGACACGGCUGGGCGAGGGUGAGACGAAACGGGAAAGCAGGUGGCAGCCCAGGCGGAAUGCGUUUCCCCACGAAAGAACCGAGGAGUUUGAGCGGUACCCGCUGGUCACAUCGGACAUGCUGCGGAGUCGUAGAGAGCGGCCCAGGAGGGUCAAGAUGCUGCUCAGAGACUUCAUAGAAGACAGCUUGUACAACCCGCACUACGGCUACUUCUCCAAGCAGGUCGUCAUCUUUUCGCCCGGCGAGCCCUUCGACUUCCCCUCGCUCCCUUCCGAACACGCCUUCUUCCAAUCGCUGCGUCACCGCUACACCGCUUUCGAAGAUGCGCUGGACUUCCAAGAACCCAACGAUCUGCGCCAGCUCUGGCAUACACCCACUGAGCUCUUCUCACCGUACUAUGGCGAAGCCAUCGCCCGUUACCUCGUCGAGGACUACAAGUAUAGUUCCUACCCGUACCACGACCUCAACAUCUACGAAAUGGGUGCCGGAAACGGAACCAUGAUGCUGAAUAUUCUGGACUACAUUAGAGAUUGCCACCCGGAAGUUUAUGAGAGGACAAAAUACAACAUCAUCGAGAUCACUACCCAGCUGGCCGACCUGCAGCAGCAAGGCCUGGGGCAUAGUGCCUACGCAAGAGGACAUUCGGACAAAGUCGAGAUCGUGAACAAAUCAGUUUUCGAUUGGGACCAGUACGUCUCGAGCCCGUGUUACUUUCUCGCGCUGGAAGUCUUCGACAACUUUGCGCACGAUGCGCUCAAGUACGACUGGCAGACAGGGACGCCAUACCAAUCGCACGUUGUCAUCGAUCCUCGCGGCGAAAUGUUCGAAUAUUAUUCACGAGCGCUGGACCCAUUAGCCGCGCAAUUUCUUGAGCGGCGACAUGCGGCAUGCAAGUCAUACGCGGACCCGCUGUCGGGAUCGCGCCUCAUGAACAGCAUGCGUUCUUUGCUACCGUUCCGCGACUCGCUUACGAUGCCGGAAUACAUACCAACACGCCUCAUGCAAUUUUUCUACAUGCUGUACCAGAAGUUUCCGAAUCACAAGCUCAUCAGCAGUGACUUUCAUAAGCUGAGCGAUGGGGUGGAAGGAUUGAAUGCGCCGGUGGUGCAGACGCGGUACAAGAGGCAGAUGAUACCCGUCAGCACACCUCUCGUCCACCAAGGCUAUUUCGACAUUCUGUUCCCCACCGAUUUCGAAGUUAUCGAGCCCAUGUAUACUGCUAUAACCGGGCGCUUCGCGCGCACAUACUCACACGAGGUGUUCAUGUCUGGCCGCGCAGACAUCGAAGAGACGCAGACGCGGAAUGGAGAGAACCCGUUGUUGAGCUGGUACAAGAACGCCAGCGUCAUGAUUACGGUGUAA